CGACACACAAAGACCACCGAUUGGUCAAUACAGGACGAAAACGAGGUUUGACGCGCAGAUAAUGUUCUGGCCUCUGAUUGGUUCUCAUUGCGUAACUUUUCAUUGGAGGUGACCAAUCAGCGGUGAACUCGGGCUGAGUUUACCGAAAUAGGGGAGAUUGGAGGGGCAUGGAGGAAGAAACGGAGUCGCGGGUGAGGCCAGGACCCGGCGGGCGGCUGGAUAUGAAUCAUGGAUUCGUUCAUCAUAUCCGGCGGAACCAGAUAGCACGAGAUGAUUAUGAUAAGGAAGUGAAACAAGCUAAAGAGAAGCAAAGGAGAAGGUACACUCCAGGACCACCCCGACCCAAGAAACCAGACCUACAGGUCUACCACCCACGUCCAAGAGAAAGGCCGACCCGCACUGCUGGUCUAGCGGACGACGACCUGAGUGACAGCGACUCCAGCACAGACCCUGAGACACCUGGACAUGAGCUCUUCUGCUUGGAGUUUGAGGCAGACAGCGGUGAAAUUACAUCUAUUAUUGUGUACGAGGAUGAUGAUGCUGAGCAAAUCGCAACAAAAAUCUCAGUAGAGAACCAGCUGGAAGCCAGAAUGAAGGAGGCCCUGAAAAGACGGAUUCAAGAGGAAAUUACCAAAAGAAGGGUGACCCGCUGACUUCUCCCCAAUCACCCUAUACAGACUAUUUAUUCCUAUGUAAGACCCCACCUUUCGGGGCAUCUAUUUACUGAAGAACAGUGGAGAAACCUGUACGAGCUCUUCUGUGCCAGUAAUGAAGAGCAACCUAUGUCCUGUCUGCUGUGGGAGGAGGGGCGCCUGUUGGGUCAGAAGUCUUAGGAGAUUUAGGGAAUGCUGUACAGCAGUGCCUUACAUGCUCUUCAAGAAGCUGGCAGAUUUUACUUUAGUUUGUGGUGUUUUUAUCCAAGUAUUUAUUACUCUGUUUACAAAAAUGGAGUAUUCCUAGAAUUAGGAAUACUGAUGGGCGUAGACCUGAUCAAUGGGGUGUUUCAUUUUGCAAGGAAAAAAAUAAAAUGUAACAUUUUUGCAGACUUUGCUUACGCCCGGGGUCUCAGUGAUGUAAAUGAUAUAUAUAU